AUGAGGCUCCGACAGCUCGGAACAACGCAGUCUGUGGUUUUCAUCGCGCCUCCAGAAGUGCAUUUGAAUAUUCUUGACGUCUGCGGCAAGCACCAAGACGAGGAGCUCGACUCCUCCGACGUUGUGUACUGGCUAUUGCACCAGACCUGUGCCAGUGACAGGGAUCUCGAGCCGCUAUACAAUGCGCAAGGCGUCGACUUCUGUCGCCGCAUACAGGCCGCUGAAGACCACCCUCACUUCGUCAAGAACCAACUUCAGCGAAAGUACUACAUGGGAAUCCUGCAGCAGCCCGAGCAGCAGACUCUGGAGCAGCUUUACAAGCCGGCACCCACCGAUGCGAGCGACGGAGACUCGAAUUCGUCGAAUGAUCUCACAUAUUCGGGCCAAGCCGCCAACUUCAUCGAAGUCCUGCGACAGCGACGCGCGGAAGGCAAGGGUGUUCAUGACUCGACCAUCAACAGUUCCGCGCUGGAAGAAGUCGAGCAGGAGCGAGAGGUUGCGUACGAGGUCGAAGAAGAGCGCGAGGUCGAGCGCCCUAAGUUGUUGAAGCCGUACACGUAUCCCGGCCUGCAUCGAAGCCUAUCGCAGUUUGCGGAGACUGGUUCCCUCGCGGGUGUGGGGUAUGUGCCUGCGGAGAGUAUGGUGUUUGAAACUGAACUCGGUGGCAAGUACAGAGGCAAGGUGGAUUUGAGCCUGCCACAUCUAUACGUGUCGGUGGAGUUCACCAAGACGGUCAAGCUGAAGCCGGGAGAGAAGAUGGAUGAGCUGACGAACCGAAAUCGCCAUUGUAGUCACUCCCGAAGAAGCCGAGGACCUAAUCCCGAUUCUCCGCAACGAGGCAGCACCCUCGAGCACCUCAUGACCUACGCGGCGCCGGUCACCAAGCGUAUGCAGCACUUCAGCAACCUGGACUACUACACCGUCCCCCCUCUUCCAGUCGCGAAAUAUGUGCCCGCAUUCCUGGCAUUCGAGGUCGACAUUUUCGCUGGAAGACUCUAUUUCGGCCCACGUGAGUACGAAGAGAUUCUGGACCGCCUGGCCCUAGAAUGGGACGAUGCGGCUGGCAGUGCGGUGACUCCUGCGGAAGGGUCCUCCCUCAGCAUGGUCUUUCUGCAAGAAUGGCUGGCAUUGAGACGGCAGGGCCAGGAUAUCUCUCACACGCCGAUGGGAUACGUUUGUCAAGGCCGGAUGCUGCGUCCCGACCACCCGUUCUUCGUGCAGUCGGAUACCCGCCAGACCACAGACAGUAUUUUCCAUUCUUCCGGGAAGAAUGUGAGUGCUGAGGAACAAGAAGAGUAUUGGGAUAGCGACGAGGGAGAGGAGGAUGAGGCGGAACAAUCCGAUCUGGAUGUGGAGGAUGAUGAGGACUUUGAAGAGGAGAUUUAG